GCAGGGUCCGCGCGCGGAGCGGCUCGGGGAAGUCCCGAGACAAAGGAGCGCCGCCGCCGCCUCGGCCCGCGCCUCGGUCCACGCCGCCCGCGCCCGGGCCGCCCAGGGACUUUGAAUAUGUCGGGGAUCGCCCUCAGCAGACUCGCCCAGGAGAGGAAAGCUUGGAGAAAAGACCACCCAUUUGGUUUUGUGGCUGUCCCGACAAAAAAUCCCGAUGGCACGAUGAACCUCAUGAACUGGGAGUGUGCCAUUCCAGGAAAGAAAGGGACUCCAUGGGAAGGAGGCUUGUUUAAACUGCGGAUGCUUUUCAAAGAUGAUUAUCCAUCCUCACCACCGAAGUGUAAAUUUGAACCACCACUAUUUCACCCAAAUGUGUACCCUUCGGGGACGGUGUGCCUGUCCAUCCUAGAGGAAGACAAGGACUGGAGGCCAGCCAUCACAAUUAAACAGAUCUUAUUAGGAAUACAGGAACUUCUAAAUGAACCAAAUAUUCAAGACCCAGCUCAAGCAGAGGCCUACACAAUUUACUGCCAAAACAGAGUGGAAUAUGAGAAAAGGGUUCGAGCACAAGCCAAGAAGUUUGCGCCCUCAUAAGCAGCAACCUUGUGGCAGCGUGAAAAGGAAGGGAUUGGUUUGGCAAGAACUUGUUUACAACCUCUCUGCAAGUCUAAAGUUGCUCCGUACAGUCACUAGUCUCCGGGGGAGGGUGGGGCGGGCGCCACGGUCCAUUUCCGCCACUGGUACACGGUCUCGAUUCGCUGAAUUGCCCCGUUUUUCAUACAGGGUCUCUUCCUUCAGUCUUUUGUAUUUUUGAUUGUUAUGUAAAACUUGCUUUUAUUUUAAUAUUGAUGUCAGUAUUUCAACUGCUGUAAAAUUACAAACUUUUAUACUUCAAUAAGCCCCUAAGAGCUAGUUUCCUCUGCUCUCGGAUGCAGGCAUGCUUCGCGUUAGAGCCGCACUUAGCCUCUGGCUGGCUGUAUGAAAAGGAAAUCAACUGCGCCCCCGCCUCCUCUCUCUCCAGCAUUGGGUUGUGUUGCUCAUGAGCCUCAGAUCCAACGUCAGCCGGCAUCUGGUUCUGCGUCACUUCCUUUGUGUUUAUAUGGCGUUUUGUCUGUGUUGCUGUUUAGAGUAAAUAAACUGUUUAUAUAAAGGUU